CUGGCUUGUCAGUAUAUCCAUCCAAGUGAUGGUUUGCUGUACAAGUUUUGUCGGGCCGACACGCCAGAGUUUAAGGUGUUGAAGAGACAUCAUCAGGAGGAGAUUCAGAAGCUUCACGCUCAAAGAAUGAUGUCUCCACCGAGUCAACAGUUCCAGUUGGAGGCUGCUAUCAAUUGGAAAGUCAGGAAUUUCAACAAUGGGCAUCCGAAUGGAGACGACUACUACGACCUUCAUGGAAUGACGACGAUGGGGAUGGUCUCAUAUGUGCAGGACAUUGUGGAGCAGAUGAGAAGGACCGGAGGGACCAAGGCAUGGCUGGAAGUCGGAAGAGGAACUCUCAGCAAAUGGAUUCCCAGCGAUGAAGACCCACUUGAUGAAUAA